ACCCGGUUUCAAGUUGUAUGGGGAAGCGGAAGUUCUCAGGGUUGGAGAUCAUACUCAUCGUGAUGUUCCUGCUGGUGUCCGUGGUUGCAGUGGCCCUGAUUGCGCUGAUGGCCACUGGGGAGAACGGUGUCAUUAAGGAUGAUGGUGACGACAAGUUUGUUCCCGAAUGUCCAAUCAUGGCACUGGGAGAGAGAAUUGACUGUUACCCUGAUUCUGGAGCAUCACAGAGUUCAUGCAUUGCUCGAGGAUGCUGCUGGCAGCCACUUAAUGAGUCUUAUGUUCCAUGGUGCUUCUUCCCCACCAACCAUGGAUAUGAAGUUAUGACUCAGCAAAGCUCUGGACCAGGAAACCUAAAGGCCCAGCUGAAAAGGAUGCCUUCUCCCUCGCUCUUUGGAGCUGACAUAGAGGAGCUCACGUUCCACGCCGAAAUGCAGACAGCCAACCGCUUUCGAUUCAAGAUCACAGAUGCUCAGAAAAACAGGUUCGAAGUGCCUCAUGAGCAUAUAAAACCACCUGAGGGGCCACAGCCUGAUACCCACAACUAUAAGUUUGAGCUGGUCCAAGAUCCCUUUGGUGUGCGGGUGGGCAGGAAGUCUGGAAAAGUCCUGUUUGACACUACCAUAGGUCCACUGGUAUUUGCUGAUCAGUACCUACAGCUUUCAGCCAAACUUGCCUCAUCUAACAUCUAUGGACUGGGAGAGCAUGUCCAUCAGCGUUUCCGCCAUGACACAAACUGGAGGACCUGGCCCAUCUUCACCCGUGAUGCCUUCCCCAAUGGAGGAACCCAUAACCUCUAUGGCGCCCACACCUUUUUCCUGUGCCUUGAGGAUGAGAGUGGAAAAUCAUUUGGUGUCUUCCUUAUGAACAGCAAUGCCAUGGAGGUAACAAUUCAGCCAGCCCCAGCAGUUACCUACCGGACUAUCGGAGGCAUUCUGGACUUCUAUAUUUUUGUGGGAGAUACUCCAGAGGAAGUGGUCCAAGAAUAUCUUGAGCUGAUUGGCAGGCCGGUGAUCCCACCCUAUUGGUCGCUGGGCUUCCAGCUGUCCCGGUGGGACUACGGAAGCCUGGAGGAAGUAAAGCGCACAGUGGAAAGGAACCGCCAGAUUGAGCUGCCUUACGAAAUCCAGUACACAGAUAUUGACUACAUGGAAGACAAAAAGGACUUUACAUAUGAUGCAGUGAAAUUCAAAGACCUGCCUCAGUUUGCUGAUUACAUGCAUGCGAAGGGACAGAAAUAUAUUCUCAUUUUGGACCCAGCUAUUGCCACCAGUCGGAGGGUGAACGGGCCAUAUGAUUCGUAUGACAGUGGCACGGCGAAGAACGCCUGGGUGACAGAGUCUGAUGGGAAAACGCCACUACUGGGAGAGGUGUGGCCAGGGGAGACUGUGUUUCCCGACUAUACCAACCCUGCCUGCAUUGAGUGGUGGGCAGAUGAGAUGGAGAAGUUCUAUAAAGAAGUGAAGCAUGAUGCACUCUGGAUCGACAUGAAUGAGGUGGCAAACUUCAAGAAAGGCUCUAAUAAAGGAUGUGCUGCCAACAACCUGAAUUACCCUCCUUUUACUCCAAAAAUCCUAGAUGGUGUCAUGUACAGCAAGACUCUCUGUAUGGAUGCCAAGCAAACGUGGGGCGACAACUACGAUGUCCACAGCCUUUACGGAUACUCGAUGGUCCUGGCCACGGAAGUUGCUCUGAAACGAGUGUUUGGCAACAACCGGACGCUGAUGCUCACCAGAUCCUCCUUCCCCGGGGUGGGAAAGUACUCUGGACACUGGCUAGGCGACAAUGCGGCCAACUGGAAUGACAUCAAGUGGGCUAUCCCGGGAAUGCUGGAAUUUGGCCUUUUUGGGAUCCCUUAUAUUGGUGCGGACAUCUGUGGCUUUUUUGAUAACACCACAGAGGAGCUCUGCCGACGCUGGAUGCAAGUCGGGGCGUUCUACCCCUUUAGCCGGAAUCACAACGCACAGCAUUUUCAGCCACAAGAUCCAGCUAUAUUUGGUGCAGACUCACUGCUGGUGAAUACCUCCAAGCACUACCUGAAUAUCCGCUACACUCUCCUGCCUUACCUGUACACUCUCUUCUACAAAGCCCAUGUUCGUGGGGACACAGUUGUGCGGUCCAUGAUGCAUGAAUUCUACAGUGACAGUGCCACCUGGACUGUGGACCGGCAGUUCCUGUGGGGACCUUACCUUCUCAUCACACCUGUCCUGGACCCUGAUGUGGUCAGAGUCUGGGCAUAUAUCCCAGAUGCAGUGUGGUACGACUAUGAAACGGAAGAGCGACUGACAUCCCGUAAGCAGCAUCUCCAAAUGUACCUCCCUGCUGACAAAUUAGGCCUGCACAUCCGAGGCGGGGCCAUUCUCCCAACACAGAUUCCAGCCGUCACCACUGUCUACAGCCGGCUUAACCCCAUGGGGCUGAUCAUCGCACUUGAUGACGCCAACAGAGCUGCAGGAGAGCUAUUCUGGGAUGACGGUGACUCUCGAGACACGGUGUCAUCUGGCAAAUACAUCCAUUACAACUUCUCUUUGGAUUCCACCGUUCUGAGACUGCAGGCUCUGAACAAGGGUUACACCGAUCCCAACAACCUGAAGUUUGAGACCAUCACCUUCCUGGGUUUUGCUUACAAGCCCGCUAAUGUCACGGUCACCCAGGGCACCAACACCGUCCCUGUACCUCCUGCAAGCAUUACCUACAACGGCACCAAGCAGGUCCUGCGCAUCACGGGCCUGCAGCUGGAGCUGGGGCAGGACUACACCCUGGAGUGGGACAACACCAUGGAGAGGUUCGACUGCCACCCUGAAGAGCGCGCCACUGAGGAGACAUGCAAGGCCAGGGGCUGCAUCUGGGAGCCGUUCGACUCGUCGCCAAUCCCCUGGUGUUAUUACCCCAGGGACCAUGGUUACGCCGUGGAAAACGUGCAAGAAAACAACGAUGGCAUGUCCUUUGUGAUCCGAAGGGACAGCAAGCGCCAGAUCGCUCGGCGACCGGGCUCGCCAGAUAUUGACCUCCUGCAGGUGGAAAUCAAAUACCUCAGUGGUGACAUGCUGCAGUUCAAGGUGUAUGACCCUGCUAAGAAACGGUAUGAAGUCCCUAUCCCUUUAAAUGUGCCAGACAUACCAGAGACGGUUGAGGGGAAGAGGUUAUAUACGGUGAAGGUGGUGACCUUUCCUUUUGGGAUCGUCGUGGUGAGGAAGAGCACAGGAAGAGUCAUAUGGGAUUCUUCUCUUCCUGGCUUCACGUUUUCUGACCUCUUCAUUCAGAUAUCCACUCGCCUUCCCUCUAACUACAUCUAUGGGUUUGGGGAGACGGAGCACCAACAAUAUCACCACGAUCUGAACUGGAACACAUGGGGCAUGUUUGCAAAAGACCAGCCUCCAGGAUACAAAAUGAACUGCUAUGGUGUGCAUCCCUUCUACAUGGGAUUGGAGCAUCCUCACAAUGCCCACGGAGUUCUGCUGCUCAACAGUAAUGCCAUGGAUGUGACCCUCCAGCAGGUCCCAUCGCUGACCUAUCGGACCCUUGGUGGUAUCUUGGACUUCUACAUGGUUAUGGGGCCAACCCCAGAGAUGGUGGUACAGCAGUAUACUGCCCUCAUUGGUCGUCCAGUUAUGCCAGCAUACUGGUCACUCGGGUUCCAGCUCUGUCGUUAUGGAUAUGAGAAUGACACGGAAAUUUCAGAACUGUACCAAGAUAUGAGGAAAGCUGGCAUUCCCUAUGAUGUCCAGUAUGCAGACAUUGACUACAUGGAGAGGCAGCUGGACUUCACCCUGGAUAAAAACUUUCAGGGAUUACCUGCGCUGGUGGACCAGAUGAGAAAUGAGGGCAUGAAAUUCAUUUUCAUUCUGGACCCCGCAAUCUCAGGCAAUGAGACAGUGUAUCCUGCUUUCGAUCGAGGAGUCCAGGAGGACGUCUUCAUUAAAUGGCCCAGUGACAUCAGUAAUGAUAUUGUCUGGGGGAAGGUGUGGCCUGACUUUCCCAACGUCACGGUGAAUACUUCUUUUGACUGGGACUCACAAGUGAAGCUCUACAGAGCUUAUGCAGCCUUCCCUGACUUCUUCCGCAACAGGACCGCAAAAUGGUGGCUCAGAGAGAUUGAAGAAUUCUACAACAACAUAAUGAAGUUUGAUGGUAUAUGGAUUGACAUGAAUGAGCCAGCAAGUUUUGUCCAUGGUACCAUUGAUGGAAAAUGUCUGGGAAACCCCAUCUAUGACAAGCCACCUUACAUGCCUCCUUUGGAAUCCAAGUCCAUGGGACUGAACCACAAGACACUGUGCAUGAACAGUGAGCAGUUCCUUCCUGACGGAACUCCGGUCAAGCACUACGAUGUCCACAACCUGUACGGCUGGUCUCACACCAAACCCACUUACGAUGCCUUGUUGAAUGUCACCGGGGAGCGAGGGAUCGUGGUGACUCGGUCGACAUACCCCUCGAGUGGGAAGUGGGCAGGUCACUGGCUCGGAGACAACUAUGCUGGCUGGGACCAGCUGCACAAGUCCAUUAUUGGAAUGAUGGAGUUUAGUUUGUUUGGAAUCCCGUAUACUGGUGCCGAUAUCUGCGGCUUCUUUGGUCAACCUACUUAUGAGAUGUGUCUUCGCUGGAUGCAGUUGGGCGCAUUCUACCCUUAUUCCCGUAAUCACAAUGGGCUAGGCAACCCAAGACAGGACCCGGUGGCCUGGGAUGAGAAGUUUGCGAAUGCAUCGCGGGACGUGUUGAACAUCCGCUACACCCUGCUGCCCUACCUCUACACGCUGAUGUUCCAGGCCCACAGCGAGGGCAGCACUGUGGUCAGGCCCCUGCUCCACGAGUUUUUAAACGAUGAGAUGACAUGGAAGAUAGACAGGCAGUUCCUCUGGGGUCCUGCUCUGCUCAUCAGUCCAGUUUUGGAUUUGUCAGUCAACGCCUUGCCGCUGAGGGCUUACAUACCAGAUGACCGUUGGUUUAACUAUGAUACAGCAAAAGACAUAGGAAUUCGACGCAGCUGGGUGGAUAUGGUGACCCCCUGGGAUAAGAUCAACCUCCACGUACGAGGGGGACACAUCCUUCCCUGGCAGAAACCAGAGAACAACACGCACUACAGCCGGAAGAAUCCCCUAGGGCUCAUCGUUGCUCUGAGCCCGGAAGGAAAAGCUGAUGGCUCGCUGUUCUGGGACGAUGGGAAAAGCAUCGACACGUAUGGAAAAAAACAAUACCUCCUGGUUUCUUUCAAUGCCAGCAAGGGCUCCCUGGAGAACCGUGUGGUGCACGAUGGACUUGCCCCCGCUGACAGACUGGUACUGGGGGAAGUGAAGGUAUGGGGGGCUGGGCAGGUGCCAGUGAAAACUGUGGCAGUGCAGAUUGGAGCAGAGGCACCUGUCCCUGUUACCUUCACUCACAACCCCAUCAAUCAGGAACUGAAGAUAGAUUUUUCAACAAUACCUGUUUCAGUGGAGCAGGCCUUCAUCAUGACUUGGUCUUCUUAAUUAAUUCACAUGUACAUAAUAACAAACCUGUUAUUGACCAGAAACCAUAUGAAACAUUUAUUAAUAAUAAUAAAAAAUAAAAAAAGUAUAAUAAUAAUGAUAAUAAUAAUAGUACAGAUAAGUAAAAUGAGCAAUGUUUUAAUAUAAAUAAA